AUGCUCAUCAUCUCGUCUCGCAGUGCGCUGCUGUCCGUCUACUACCCACAGAUCUUCCUCAUCCUCACCAGCGGUAGCUACCUGGCGCUGUCCUCUGUGGUGGCUCUGGGUGCAAACAUCAUCUGCAACAAGAUACCGGGACUGGCCCCCCGUCAGAGGGCCCUCUGUCAGACUCGCCCCGACGCCAUCAUUGUCAUCGGCGAAGGCGCCCAGCUGGGAAUCAAUGAGUGUCAGUACCAGUUCCGCUACGGCCGGUGGAACUGCUCAGCCCUGGGCGAGAGGACUGUCUUUGGACAAGAGCUGAGAGUAGGCAGCAGGGAGGCAGCAUUCACAUAUGCCAUCACUGCAGCCGGAGUUGCCCACGCAGUGACUGCCGCUUGUAGCCAAGGCAACCUGAGCCAGUGUGGCUGUGACCGAGAGAAGCAGGGCUACCACGACCAAGAGGAGGGCUGGAAGUGGGGAGGCUGCUCAGCCGACGUUAAGUACGGCGUUGAGUUCUCUCGGCGCUUUGUAGACGCCCGAGAGAUCAAGAAAAACGCCCGGCGGCUGAUGAACCUGCACAACAAUGAGGCAGGUCGAAAGAUCCUAGAGGAGCGAAUGAAGCUGGAGUGCAAGUGUCACGGUGUAUCUGGUUCCUGUACCACUAAGACCUGCUGGAUCACCCUGCCAAAGUUCAGAGAGAUUGGUUACCUGCUGAAGGAACGCUACAGCGAAGCAGUUCAAGUAGAACCUGUCCGGGCUUCGCGGCUCCGCCAACCCUCCUUCCUACGUCUCAAAGAGGCCCGGGGCUACCAGAAGCCCACGGACACAGACCUGGUCUACCUGGAGCGCUCGCCCAACUACUGCGAAGAGGACACAGCGACAGGAAGCACAGGGACAAGAGGCAGACUGUGCAACGGCACCUCGACCCACACAGACAGCUGUAAUGUGAUGUGCUGCGGACGGGGUUACAACACUCACCACUAUACACGUGUGUGGCAGUGCAACUGCAAGUUCCACUGGUGCUGUUUUGUGAAGUGCAACACCUGCAGUGAGAAAUCAGAGGUUUUCACCUGCAAGUAG